AAACCAGUGUGUCUCGGCGGCGGGACGGUCAAAACAAGUCUGAUACACGUUGUUGACCUCGUGGUGCUAGAAGGGGUCAGGUCAAGGAGCCAGUCUGUCCUUCAUGAUCCCAAAAUAAGAGAAAGGAAAGCAGGAGUGAUAAAAAGAGCAAAAGAUGGAGUUAAACCUGCGUGUCUCGGUGGCGGGACGGUCAAAACAAGUCUGAUACUCGUUAGUCCCUGUGCCUUGUUGGCCCAACAGCCUAACUAGAAGAAGAAGACCUCGUGGUGCUGGGAGAGGAGAGGUCAGGUCAAGGGGUCAGCUUGUCCUCUACCACCCCAGAACAAGAGUAACAUUCUGAAGGAGGUAGACUCGUAAGGCACAUGAGUAGGCGGGAAUUAACUAGUAAGUGCAUGGUGUGAAGUAUACAAGUGUUGAGAAGGAGGACCUAAGAAGCGAUACAAAGCGUUGCAAGUCAAAAGAAGAAGGGACAAGGGAGAGGAGGUGAUGCCAUGGCGGGAGUUAAGUGGAAGGGAUGCGUAGAGUACAAAGGAGUACAAAGGAAAAGUAAACUGCAACAGACCUCUUGGUCCUAACUAGGCAGUUUGUUGUUGCUGCCAGCUAUUCUUAUCUACGAGUCAGACACAGGACAGCAAAUGCGAAGGCUCCUCCCCUCCCACCAGUCCCUGCAGCCACACACUCACUUGUCACCACAACACACCAACACUAACAAUUACACUUGAUUCACUUCCCUCCCCGGCACACUCGGCUCCCUCGUCCCCCUAACAGCCAACACAAAUAUGCGUGUUAUGCACCUGAAAGUGCCCUGCGCAUUAUGUAUCAAGAUCAAAGUCAAGUGUCAAGCCUUAGAGGUGAAUAGUAGGAUAUUUAGGUGGGCCAAUGGUGGAAGGUAUGGGGGGGGUUGACGAGACAAUAGAGCAUGUGUUACUUGAGUGUCCUAGGUUUGGAAGAGAGGCUGAAUAGGGUAGAAAUAAUAGGAUGGAAUAGGAUGCUAGAGGGAAAUGUAAAAAGGUUGAUGGGGAUUCUUGCUAGAUAUGAGUACCUACACUGGAGACAGUCCCCACUCAUGUCACUGUGGCCUCUCUCAGCAUAGUCAAUAUUCAUUUUAUUUUCAGGCUGUCUGUCCUGAUGGAGUAAGCUGUUAAGUGGUGGCUACCUCCCAAACGAUGACCAAGACUAUAAAACGCCAGUAACCAGAAAAAAUAAGAAAAUGGAAGAAUAGACGAGGCCACUCCAUACCACGCCAGAGAACGGAACAUUUGACCGACUCGCCUCCCACCAAGAAGACGAGGAAGAUGGGAGACGAUGAAAGGGAAAAGGACGAGAGGGAGUCGGAGCGCAGGGAAGGGAUCGAAAAAUUCCUGCCACGCAUAUUGUUUGAAAUGUCGAUAAAUAGGAUGGGCUUGCAGAACCUGACGAGGAUACGGAAGGUCCUGGAGGAGGUGGUGGAGGAGGAGGAGGAGAAGUACGGCAGGAGGGGUGGCCUUGAGCGCAGCGCCAUGGUCACAAUUGCUCCGUUUAUCUACGACCUCCUAAAGAGCUGCAAUCCCAGUGCCAAUGUUCCGUGGGGGUCCAUAGAAGAGACGGUCCACUGCUUCAAACUCGUGCUGCGUCGCGUCAACAUAAAGUCCUACAGGAUCUUCAGCAACUUUCACAGCCACCUGCUUGAACUCCUGCCCGGCCCCCCCACGCCUAAUGCUACCUGGCCCCAGAGCGAGGAGCUAAUCAUGCACAUCCUGGCCUGCCUCUCGGAGAUGUGUCACAGCGUGGAGCCCGGUGUGAGGGAGAAGGUGUGGGGGCAGCCGUACCGGGGCAAGCUGGGUCACACCAUCUACCUCUGCCUCAACCUCUCCAAGACCGAGACCAACAAGGCACUGAGGCUACAGGCCAUACAGACAGUGCAGGACAUGGGGUGGAAGGACGCCAAUCCCUCCUUGACCAGGCAGGAGAAGGAUAUGCUCAGCGGGACCUUCGUGAACUUCCUCCCGGGCAUCCUUCAGGCCAUGACCAAGGUGGCGAAGGGGAGCAGCACGCAGGGGAGUAAGAUUACCGGGGCAGCCGUGGACACCUGGACCUACUUUACCUGUCUGGUGAUGAGGGACUCCUACCUGUGCUCUCUUCUACCUCACCUGGGCGAAAGUAAGGUGCUUGUUAACCUGCGACGGAACCUGGAGAGUAGAGGCGGAGGAGGGUUGAUGGUGGAUGAAGUGGAUGAGGAAGAAGAGGAAGAGGCGGAGACACUGUUGGAAUACGAUGAUUUGGGGCAACCCACCUUACCCAACACUAAGGUCACCUGCAAGUGGGCGCGGUCGACGGGUGAGAACAUCGGGGUGCUGGCGGCUGCUCUGACACCCCUCGCCACACACAUACACUGGCGGGUGCGGCUGUCCAUGGCUCGGUGGGCGGCGGCACUGGUGACCGAGUGUGUGAGGUCUCUCCCUUCCUGCCUGAGUCCUGCCCUCGAGGUUCUGUUGACCCUAAGACAGGACGAGAUGGAGGAUGUGGCGGAGGCGGCUGUGGAGGGCAUGAGGAGGCUGGGGGAGGCAGGAGGAGGAGGAGGAGGAAAGAAGUUGGAGGAGCUUAUGGUGAAGAAAGUGAUGUCGGUUGCCACUCGCCUUCCUUCCAUAGUCCGACAAGAAGAUGAUGCGACCACCCUGGGGGCCGUCAGACAGAUCGAGGGGUGCCUGGAGGUGCUGGGGGGGCGGGGGGUGCAGCUCCUCCUUGCAGCCCACAACGCACAUCGCCUCCUCCACUCCCUCGCACUCCUCCUCGCCCUCGACACCUCGGACUCGAACCUCCUCCUCCAGCGGAACUCGGCUCUUGACCCCUUUGAAGUCCCCAUCCUGAAGCCACACUUGGGGAGGUCAUUCACACACUUCCAAGACAAGCGAGUCCUGGAGGGUGUGUGCCGUGCCUGUGGGCUGCUGGGGCGCCAUGGGGGGGUCAUGCGGCUCGGGCACAUGUGUACGGAUCUCCUGCACCUCCACACCUCUGCACACCUGUACUCCGAGGGCCUCCUGCUGCUGUCCCUGGUCCUGGAUGGGGUGCCGCAGGGAGAGACAGACACAGAGAUCGAGGAACACCAACACAUAGUUCAGCUUAUCCUUGACGAAGUGCUGUCCCCGGAUGCCCUCGGAUCCCCCCUCCCCUGCACCCUGGAGGACGAACACACCCUCGCGUCCUUCCUCACACCCUUACCGGCACCCUCAUCCCAGGUCGAGGGCGCCAGGGCUCGCAUCAUCAGGGUGAUACAGGCGCUUGGGGUCGUGGGGGCAUGCGCUAGGCUAAUGGGACGGCACUUCACACAAUUUCUCAGCACGCUCCUCUGCCCUGUCAUGGAGUUCGCUGGCCUGGGUAACAUGGCUGUGAGUUACGCCGCCACGGAUGCGCUCAAACGGAUGUCCGAGGCGUCUGGAUGUCCGGGUAUCGGCGACUUCAUCCGUGAGUCCGCCCCGCAUCUCUGGUAUCCGCUAUCCAUGCGUCUUAAGCGAUUCACGGAGUACCCAGCUUCCGCCAUUGUUCUCCAGGUGGCUCUGCGAUAUACCGGCACCGAAAUGCAGGCCUUCACGGAGGAGCUUGUCGAGGAGGCUUUGACGGCACUUGACCAGUACCACGUCGAGCUUGCCAUCCCCAUGCUUAGGGUCCUGUUGGCGUAUGUGUCGGUCGUGGCCGCGGAGGAAGGAAAGAAAAGUGGUCUGGGUGCCGAGGAAGAGAGAAAAAGUGAUCUGAGUGUCGAGGAAGUGAGAAAAAUUGAUGUUGUUGUUGAGGAAGUGAAAAAAAGUGAUGUGACUGACCAGGAAGUGAAAAGAAGUGAUGUGACUGACCAGGAAGUGAAAAGAAGUGACGUGGAGAAAGAGGAGGAGGACGAGGAGGAGGAGAAAGGGAAGAGUGGGAUAAGGGAGAAAGGGAAGGUAUUGGAGGUGGAGAGAAUGGAAGAAAGGGAAGAAGAGGAGGAAGAAAAGAAGGAAAGAGAGGAAGAAAACAUUGGCGCUAUUGCAAAGUUCCUUCAAGAAUAUCAUGAUGCGAAAAUGAACGUGAAGAUCGGACUGGAAGAGGAUGAGGAGGAGGUGGAGGAAGACGAGAGGAGGAAAUGGGAGGAAGAGAAGAUAACCACCUCCAGUAAUCCACCAUCACCUCCUCCCACCCCCUCCCCCCCUCCUGAACCCACCGAACCAACCCCCCCAAGGAACAUCGAGUUAGUGCGGGAUGUGGUUGACCGUUGCUCCUACCUCCUGCACGUGGGGGGGCGGGAGGGGCGUCUCCUAACCCUGGAGGUCGCCCGGUGGGGUUGUCGCGCCCUGAGGAACUGGGAAAACCUAUUGUUACCUUGCACUCACAAACUCUGGCGUCCGAUACUUCUACUUCUAUCGCAACCUGACCCUGUUGUUGGCACUCGCACGCUGGCACUGGUCUCGGAGUUAGUGGCACUGAGCGGGGACUUCUUGCGCCGUAGGGUACUCCAAGAGGCACUCCCGUUGGUGUUGAAGUUCCUCGAGAGCCAAGCGAACGUUAGUGCUGCCAAGGAGUGCCUUACGCCGUCACUCAAGGCUCAGAUCUCCUGCCUCGCCACCCUCAUGACCCUAAUACCGGCACUCCAGCUUAGGGUCACGGAGGCUGGGAGUGUCGUUGGGGUCGUGGGUGCGUACCUCGACCCCCGGCACACCCCUGACCUGUUCCGCGGCGCCAUGGGUGUGCUGAGGGUCGUGUCGAGGUCACAUCCGCAUCAUGUAUGGUUGGCGCUGGCGAUGCGACGACCGGCGGUACAGCUGGUGCAUCCGUCGCCUUGUAUUCCGGCUGUGAAGAUUGGCAGCUCGAGGCACCACGGCACACUCCCCGCAGAGGCCGAGGAGCUGUUCCAAGAGCUGUCCUGAGGCGGCGCGUGGGUUAGUCACAGCGUUGCCAGAUUGUCGUACUCUGCCUCUAAUGUUUGCCGAUAUCCGACCCCAAACUCCGCUUCCAUCACCCAAAUAACUGCCUUCAUAUGUGAUUAUCGUUUACAUGGUUAAUUAUUUAUGUUUCUCGGCAACAGGUAUGGGCCAUAUAUUGGUAAGUACGCUGCUCUUGAGUACGAUAAUCUGGCAAUUGUGGUUAGUCAUCACCUCGGCCAGUGUUCUUCCGUAGCUCUUUUGGGGUUUCGGAAAUAUGCAGCUCACCUGUGGCAUUUCUUUUGUGUUACUUGAUUUGUGGUUUUGUAUACUUGUUUUCCCGGUCAGCCACACAUGAGGUUAAGUAUGUAGGUUAAGGGGGGAUAUGUUCAUAGUUGGGUUAUCUUCUACUUCUAAAUUUUUGUAUACUCUCCUUUAUGUUUAACUUUUUUUAGUAGUUUUCUUUAUUUUUUCAAUUAUUUUACUUGUAUUUAUUUUUUCAUUUUUUUACUUUUUUUUUUUUCAUUUUCUUACUUCUCUUUAUUUUUUCACGU